AUAUUAAAUGUAUGUGCGCCAUUAGUAUAGAUACUUUUCAUUUCAUUUUGACUGAAUAAGGUUUAAAUAUCUGCAACGAAACAAAGAGAAUAUAGUAUAUACUUUUUUAGCUCCGAAAUGCCUAAAGCACCACCUUCUCCUUCUCAACAGGCUUCUUUUGACAUUUACAAAACACUUCAUGAGUGGAAUAAUAUUGAAGAGGAUAUAGCUCAUUUCAAAGGGGAAAUUAAAACAGAAUUAUUUAUCGGUGCAUAUCGGCAACUAGCCUCUUUUUUUAGUAUAUGUGGAUCGGGUUUUACCUUUGUUACUUCAGAUAUCACCGCAAAAUUGAAGCUUAUAGAGAAAUGUAAUCACGAAAGAGACGCACCAAACGGUAAUGAUACUUUACAGAGUAUGGUUACGUACGAAAAACAGAAUGGUCUUUUGAAAAACGAUAAAAAAAACGGUUCACGAAAUUUACUCAGGCUCAAUCGGGCUCUUCAGUUCAUAGGAUUUCUUAUUAGAGGUCUACUUGAUUCUGAUCGCCCUACUCAUCUUGUUGCGUUAGACGCCUAUAACGACUCACUGGCUCCUUUUCACUCUUGGGCUAUUCGCAAGACAGUGGGCUUUGCUGUUUAUGCAAUCCCUUCGAAAGACAUUUUACUUAAGAGAAUGGAAAUUACUGAAGACGAGGCUUUUGUUUCUUUCCCGCAACUCUCAGAUUUACUUUUGAAAACUUAUCAAACUUUAUAUAAGUAA